AUCGAUUGCUUCACAAAUUUUAAAACAAAUCAGUUCAACAGAUAGUUUAAGAAUUGAUAUAACAUGUUAAGAAAUGCCUUCAAUUCGUCUCCUUUGAAGGCUGUGAAGAAAAAAAUAGUAUUUCCUAAGAAUACAUCCAAUUUAUAACCAUCAUCUAGUUUGAUUACUUAACAGAGUUAUCAAUGCAAAAUCAUUGGAGUAGUGGCUUGUUAAAAGAAGAAACACCAGGAAGCGAACAACGAUGUUCCAAAGAAUGUUAAGAAGGCAAGUAAGCCCAAAGAAUUGAGGGGAUUGUCGAUAUCGAUAUCUGAUCAUUUGGAUAAUGUGGUGAGGGAGAAGAGCAUUUUGCCUCGGAUUCAAAGGCAGACUCAGAAGAGCUCGGCUUUUAAAGAGGAUGAUUUUGAAGGGUAUAGGUUGUAAUCGGAAGAGAUGACCCUAGAAAUCGAUGAAUAUAUGAGGAUGAAGAGGGAUAAGGACUCUUUUUAAUUGCCUAAUAUUUACUCAAGAAAUUAAUGAUUAUUUUUAUUAUAAUCUCCUUAUGAUGCGAUUUAAUAAUAUUUAUUUUGUUUGGAGAGUCACCAUCAAAAUGUAUGACUGACCUACUUUAAGGCGGCUAUAAUUAUAAUUUAAAAUAAAAAAAGGGGAACGAAUGUCCAAAAAGAAAAAGGGCUUGUAUUUCAUUGAAUAGAUUCUCGAUUAUCAACAAUAUAAUGGAUAAAAAUAUUAUCUUGUUAAAUGGUAGGGAUAUAACAACAGAGAUUGUACCUGGGAGAAACCAGAGAAGAUUCCCAAUUUGCCUUAUUUCUUGAGUGAAUACGAAUAGAACGUCAAAAAUUUGGGAUCCAACUUCUAUCACGUUGAAAACGAUGAACCACCCAUGCUAGAAGAUUUUAUCGGAGUGCCAAGUCAAUAAAAAAAAUCUAAACUUCAAGAUUAAGUGAGCAUAUUAAAGCAAGAAUUAAACCAAGUUAAAAAACAGCAGGAAGACAUUUUGUAGUUGGUGUAGACUCUUCCCUCCGAAAAGAAACCGCUCUAGCCAAAUUAAUAACAGGAUUCUGAGAAUAUCUAGGAUUCAAUUUCCGAAUUAUCUCAAAAGAAUACUGAGGUCAAGUAACCCAAUGAGGGAGGGUUCGAAUAUGGUGAUCAAUUGGAUAAAAUCGGAUAGGCUGCAUAGAUCAAAUAAACAGGCAUCAAAAUGUAUUAUUUGUUAUGGCAAAAGCGGCCUAAUGGAAUAAUUCCAAAAAAUCGAUGGGUGAACAGUGAGUAUCUAUAAAAAUAUGAUAUCAAAUCAUUGUGUUACUAUCUAUAAAAAAAAUUAUUAUGA